AUGAGAACGAAUGCAGGGACGUACAAUUCCCAUGUGGCCGGAAUAUUGGUACUCACCUGCAAGGGCUGUAGUCUGACUGGUGCUCGGCGGCCAUGUUGUGCUCCAGCCGUCCGUCAGAGCCGUACCAAGCCCGCCACCAUCUUUGCUGAUCUUGCCCAUCGCCUUCUGACCGUCGCCGCAGAUCGUUCCGUCUCUCCCACUCAAGCCCCGGCCCUUUCGCAGUACAUCCAGCGGACCCGACAGUCCUCCUCGCUCACAAUCCACACUAGGGCGGAUGCCAACACCGACUCCAUCCUGAGCGCGCCUGACCAAGCAGAAUCCACUCCUCAAUCUUACUUGGCAGCCGCCUACGUGCCCGACAUUAAUGGGCUUGCCAUCUCUCCCUCAACCUCUAUCAGCCCAGACACCACUCAGGAAGAAGAUUACUCGAACGAAACCGUACCAUCGGCAAAUCUGAUUACUUCCAGCACCACAAAGCCAAUCCGUAUCCCUCAACCAACUUAUGCACCUCUCGCUCUUUUAGAUCCAAACCGAGUACCCUCUGGCACCCCUCUAUCCGCUCGUGGAGAUAGAAAGGGCCACCGCUUCCCCUUCUCCAGGACACCCUCGCCAAGAGGACGCGCCAGUCGAGGCUUUUCAGACUCGUACAAAGACGCUGCUCCGGUGCAUCCGGACGAGGUUGGCCUUCUGAAGCGCAGAAGACGCUCAACCUCGUCCACGCAGUCGCUCAUAUUCACCAUGCAUAGCGAUCAGUACACUGUCCGCUACACUCCUACUUCGCCCCUUUCGCCCCAGAUGCCUUCUUCAAGCCAUCCGAUGUCGCCUCAGCCAUCGAAGCGAUCCGCUCACGCGAGACCACCACCACGGAACCUCCACAUGUCUCUGCCCCGAUUCCAUCCUAUGGCAUACCCUCAUCAUGGUCAAGCAGCCUCGCCUACCUCUACAGUUCCAAGUCCGGCCAUAGCGAUUACUGGAGUCAAUGGAACACAACACAUCGAAUCACCACGUAUAAUGAGGCAGAAGCACCGGGAAUUUCUUGAUAACGCCAAAGCUGCGUCUGUGCAGGCUGCGUCCCCUGCAAGCAACAAACCAACCUCACCCCGCCUUGACCCGUUAGGCAGCCCAAAAGGUCCAGUCACGCCUCUUGCACUCGAAGAUGGCGGCGAUUACUUCACUGUCAAACGUGCUGGUAAACACUCUCCAGCCGCCAGCCCCAGUGCGAAAAUCGCCCGCAGUGACGUUUCGUCGACUCGUGAGGACCUUGCCAAGAACAAGCGCAAGGUUGAUGUGUAUCAGUAA